AUGGAGGUUAUAAAAUGGCUAAAAGCAAAUUUCAUACCUUUUCAUCUAUUUCUUGGUGUGACCUUUGUAUCAAGUGGCUUGAUCGUCUGCUUCUUGAUGCUGUUGACAUUUCUACUUGUUUGGCCUUUCAGUAAAUCUCUCUAUAGAAAAAUCAUUGUGUAUCUGGCUUAUGCCCAUUGGUCUCAAUUUACCUUCCUAGGGCAAUGGUGGUCUGGAUCUGAUUGCACCUUAUUAUUAGAGGACCCAACGAUACUGAAGUACAUUGGAAACGAGCAUACAAUUGUCAUCAUGAAUCACAAAUAUGAUAUCGAUUGGCUCAUGUCUUGGAUACUUUCUGAAAGAUUUAAAAUGCUAGGGGGAACAAAAAUUUAUGGAAAAUCAAGCCUUCGAUUGGUUCCACUGCUCGGUUGGGCCUGGUUCUUUGCAGAAAGUAUAUUCUUGAAGAGGAACUGGGAGAAGGACAGGCAGAUCAUUGCCAGGGAUCUCAAUUAUAUCAAGGAUUUUCCUGAUAAAUACUGGUUUACUUUGUUGCUAUUCUGCGAAGGAACUCGAUUCACUGAGUCAAAGCACAAACUCAGCAUGGAGUUUGCAGCCAAGCACAACCUGCCCAUCCUUAAGCAUCAUCUCUCUCCUAGGACCAAGGGAUUCACUCUGUCCAUGUAUGGCUUGAAAGAAAAAGUGCCAGCAGUAUUAGACCUGACAAUAGCAUUUGCAAAGGAUAGUGCAUCUCCUACUCUUAUGAGCAUAUUACAGGGAAAAUCAUGUAGGGCAUAUAUGUAUGCUAGGAGGAUUCCACUCUGCGACAUACCUACUGAUAACGAAGAAGCCUGCGCAGCCUGGCUUCAAAACCACUACAAGCAAAAAGAUGAUUUAUAUGAGGAGUUUGUGAAACAUGGUUGCUUCAAAAAAGGUACAGAGAUUGUAACUUACAGAAGACCCAACGACCUAAUCAUGUGGUCAUUUUGGGCAUUGACUACCGGAUUACCUAUUUCUUACUACGUUACUUAUUUACUGGUUACUGGCUCUUUGUUACUGCAGUUCUGCGCUCUGGUGUUUUUCAUCGGAGGUAUCUUUUUUGAGAGUGGAUUUCGAAUUUUGUUUUGUUUCAGUAGUUUUUGA